CGCAAUAGAAUUCAAUGUCGUCUGCACGCGUGCGGUCCGUUUGUUAAUGUAGAUAUCAACAUGUGGAUAAAAUCAUUCUCCUCAUUUGUAGAAUCAAAUGAGUUGACUCCAUUCGCGCUGCACGAUACUUCCGUCGUGGUGGACGGCCAAAACUUCUUCUACAAAACCUACGAGCAGUCGGGCUUGGCCACCGCGUGCGGGAUAGAGGGCGACCGCUACGCACGCUACCUCAGGCAUUACCUCGGCAUGUUCCAGAAAGCUAACGUUACAUGCUAUUUCUUAUUUAAAGGAGGCCAUGAAAACCUGGAAAAGAGACUCACAUAUAACAAUAAUAACUGGCCAGCUCAACCCGUAUUCAUGAAGGAAAUUUAUAAAGAAAUAUUAGAAGAGAUGGGUUUCCGAUAUGUCGUCUGUGAGUACGAAAGCAAAAGGGAUGUAGUCGAACUGGCCCAAAAUUUAAACUGCCCAGUAAUAAGUCGCGAUAUUGAAUUCUGCUUCUCGGGACUUAGGUAUGUACCGAGUACAACCCUGAAAUUUGAUACACGUCAAAACCGCAUUGAUUGUGGUUAUUUCUUGUUGGAUGACUUUCUCGCAAAAUACCGUUUGACAGAAGAUAAACUGGCAAUUUUUAUAGCACUGCGGAAUGAACGAUAUAUUCCAGGCGAUAUGUUUUUGAACUUUUUUACAUACUUGAAAGCGCCUCUCAUACCUUAUCAUUGUAAUAAGCACCUGAUAAAGUAUCUCUCAGUAUACAAUAGGGAAACAGUUGUCAGAACUAUCUUUAAGUUCAUAUCUGCUGAAGACAAGAAGAUUUUUAUUGAAGAAGAAGCGAAUGCGCGGCAACUGAUAAGGCGGCGCGAGAGUGGCGGGUUUGGGGCGGCGUGCGCCGUGCAGCCUCGCGCGGCACGCUUCGCGCGCGCCGACCCGCGCUGGUUCGCUAAAGGUGUCGCCUCCGGAUACGUCCAUAUCAACUACAUAAACCUUUAUCACUCUCGAGUUUACUACGGAGCUGGACCAAUUCCCGGAUUUGAUAACCCGAUACUUAUAUCACUGGAUAUUAUUUACUAUGCAUAUGACUUGUUGACGGACUUUAAAAACGGAGGGUUUACAUUAAUUUAUGAAAUGAAUGCGUCAGACGAGGAGAAACAGAUGAUGGAGGUAGCUAGGACACAUAACAUAUCGAGACCAGCUUACGACGCGGAAGGGUGCGUGUUUGAGAACGGGUGGGAGUCGGUACGAGCGUUAGGGCUCUUGGAGCACUUUGCGCGCUCGACGCUUCAACUGGAAAGUCUGCAGCGCCUGGAGCUGGCGCCGGAGCCGGCGCGGCUGGUGCUGCUGGCGCUGGCGCACUACUCGCGGCGCCGGCCCGCGGCGCCCGCCGCGCUGCCCACCGCCGUGCUGCUUACAUACGUCAUGCUCGACGUGAUCGACGACAAACCAAAUAAUAAUUCUGCGAAGCCCUUUUUCGACAGGAAGCUAAUCUUCGACUCCACGUUGGACAGCUUCGACCCCACUCCGGCUGAAUGCAGGGUUGCGGCUGCCGUAAUGAAGAAAUAUUACCUCAAAGUUCCAGACGACGACUUCGCACUCCUAGACCAGAAACUGCUACAUGCGUUGGCAGAGUUCCAAUCGUGCUUGUUGCAGUUGUCUGCGCUAAACGCGUUGUGCGGCGAGGAGCUGCCGCCGCCGAUGUUUUCCAGAACCUUCAGCGGCACACUGGCCUAUAACCUUCUUUACGCCGCAACUCGAGCCUCAAACCACCAACUCUUCCUAGACAACCUGUUAACCCCUGCUCCUACUGUCCACGCCUUGUAUAAAAAACUCUUGGAUAUUUAUAAUGAUAUCAUGAAUUUUAAUUAGCUCUUGCAAGAGACUUUUAAUGGUGAUAUUUUUUAAUUUAUUUGCAUGACCACAUAAUCAUAUUUUUAGUACUGAUUUUGACAAAUAUUUUUUAUA